AAUUUUUUUUUCACAAUCAAAUCCGGAAAACAUAAAAUUGAAGAACUGAUGCAUUCAACCUUCAAUUGUAAAUAUUACUUCACGCGAAAUUGACUUAUUCAUAUAUUAAUGUUCGUUAUAAAACAUUUAUAAGAUCUCAGCUUUAAAACCAAAACAAACUGGUACAGAACUGGUACAGUUUCGUCCAAACAGAUUGUGCGCAAAACAAAUUUGCGCGAGAGCGCUGAAACAGGGGAAAAGUGGUGAACAUGGAAUAUGGUUACGUGGGCAGACAUCUUUAAGAUCUUAGCUUAAAAAGAAAAAAAUUGGUACUGUUUUAUCGAACAUAUUGUGCGCCAAAACAAAUUUGACUGGGAGAGCUGAAACAGGGGAAAAAUGGCGGGAAUGGGAGAUGGGUAUGUGGGCACAUCUCAAGAUGCGCUCAAAAUACGGAGGCUGCAAAAACAACGAGAGGCUGAGAGAAAGCGCAUCGAAGAUUUGAAGAACAAAUCAGCUUCUGCUGGCGGACAAACAGGCCUCCUUCAGUUUGGCUCUGCUACUUCAGAGAUACUUGAAAAUGUGUUUAAGAAAGAAACUGUUGGACUUGUCACAAGAGAGCAAUAUGUGGAAAAGCGGGUCAACCUCCGUAGCAAAGUUGAAGAGGAGGAGAAGGAAAAGCUUCAGAAACUUCUGCAGGAGGAAGAGGAGCUUGAAAAACAAAAGAGAAAGAAAAGGAAGAUAAAAGGACCUGCUGGUUUAUCGUUUGCUGAUGAAAUAGAAAAUGAUGCCGAUGAGGAACUUGGAACUUCAGAUGAUGGAGAGACAAAGAAGCACAAGCUUGGAAAGCUGGGAAAAGAUCCAACUGUUGAGACUAGUUUCUUGCCUGACAGAGAACGUGAAACUGAGGAACAAGUUGAACGUGAACGCCUGCGAAUGAAAUGGUUGCGUGAACAAGAGCAAAUCAGAAAUGAACCUUUGAAGAUCACAUACAGUUACUGGGAUGGUGCAGGUCAUAGAAGAGUUAUCCAGGUACGCAAAGGAGACACGAUAGCUGAGUUCCUUCGUGCAGUUCAGCAACAACUUGCCCCUGAAUUCAGAGAGGUUCGAACUGCUUCAGUAGAAAAUUUACUCUACGUAAAGGAGGACCUUAUCAUUCCUCAUCAACAUAGCUUCUAUGAGCUGAUUACAAACAAGGCAAGGGGCAAAAGUGGACCGCUUUUUCAUUUUGACGUGCACGAGGACAUUCGAACAAUAGCAGAUGCCACUAUAGAAAAGGAUGAGUCACAUGCUGGCAAGGUUGUUGAACGACAUUGGUAUGAGAAAAACAAACAUAUAUUUCCAGCAUCGAGAUGGGAGAUAUACGAUCCAACUAAGAAGUGGGAACGCUAUACUAUUCAUGGGGAUUAAAUUUCCAAUUGAAAAGAAAAAAUGGAGUCUGUUUAGAGAUCUAUCUUUUGGUCAUGAGCUUGUCGCUAGUCGAAGAUAUGGUUCAAUACAGAUCUUUGCUUUAGGUUUUUUCACUAAUGAAACAAAUGAAAACUACAUUUCUGCUUGUUCAAUUUAUCGCUAUUGAAACAGUUUGAUGAUGAUGCCAUGGAGUUUUAUAAGCAGCAGAUCUCAGUAAAUGGAGAAGACUGAUUCAACCAGAAUGAGAAGAUCAAGCUUUUAAAUCUUGAUUAGUUUUCAUUUAGAAGCACUGUAUUAUAGCAAAUUUUGGAUUCAAUUUUUCCUAUCAUAUAGCAACUUCUGACCAUGAAACAGGUAAUUUAUUGUCUGCUUGAGCACAUUGCAAUUCAGCUACACACUUUACAGAUGCAUUAUAUGUAGAUCACAAACCUUUUACUUCACAACUAUUGUGGAAAUCAAUAUUCAACUUAAAAUCUUAAUGUUGUGUUAUUUGCCCUGACGGAUAUUUUAAUUUCUUAGAAUAAACUUUGAUUGCCAUGGUGUUU